AUGGCAGUGCCCAAAAUCGCCAUCAUCGGCGCCGGGCCAGCAGGCCUGACACUAGCCAGUAUUCUACACCACAACGACAUCCCAAGCACAAUAUUCGAGCGAGAUAGCAGCUCCACAGCUCGGUCACAAGGUGGAACACUAGACCUCCACGCCAAUUCUGGCCAGAAAGCCCUCGCAGCCGCCGGACUCCUGGACAAGUUCCGCGCCAUCGUCCGACCUGAAGGGGAGGCUUUCCGGCUGCUCAAGAAAGACGGGACUGUAUUGCUAGAUACGGAUGGGGAUGACGAGGAAGCGCACAGAGAAGAGCCUAAUGCUAACGGGCAAGAUCGAAAGCUAGAGACAGGAAAGGGAAAGGGAAAGGGCCUGAUACAAGGCCGUCCCGAGAUCGACCGCAAGGACCUGAAGAACAUGCUGAUCGCGAGUCUCCCCGCCGAUGCAAUUCGCUGGAACAAGGGCAUCUCUUCCAUUGCCCCCGCCAACGACCAGCAGUGGACCAUCAACUUCCUCGACGGCACGUCCUUCUCCUCACCCUACGACCUCAUCGUCGGCGCCGACGGCGCCUGGUCGCGCGUCCGGAAACAGCUCACGGACGCCACGCCCUUCUUCUCCGGCGUCUCGGCGCUCGACGUCUGGAUCGAAGAUGUUGAUGCCGUCGCGCCGGACGUGGCUAAAUUUGUUGGGAUGGGUAGUUGUUUCCUGUUCGCCGCGGAGCGCGCGCUGCUGUUCCAGCGGAACGGAGGGGGGAGGGCGCGUGUUUAUGCGUGUGUGCGGACGCCCGUCACGCCACAUAACGUUAUCACCGGUACAGAACAAGAACAAGAACCGCCGAGCGCUCGCGAUCUCCUCGGUAGCGGUUUAGACGGCAGCGGCAAAGAAGAAGUCGACUGGACGGACCCAACAACACGCGAGCGCUUCAUCGAGCGGAAUUUCGGCGAAUGGUUCGAAGGGGCUAAAAAGGCUGUUCUGGCUAUGACGGAAGGGCCGACGUUGAGGCACUUGUACAUGCUGCCCGUGGGCCUGACGUGGGAGGCGCGGCCGGGGGUGACGCUGGUGGGCGAUUCGGCGCAUUUGAUGACGCCGUUUGCGGGCGUGGGGGUUAAUGUUGCUAUGGUGGAUGCGCUGGAGCUGGCGGAGGGGAUCGUGGCGGCGGGCGUUCGGGAUGGGGAUGGGGAUAGGGAGGGAGAGGGGGAAGGGGAUGGGGAGGGAAAAGGGGGGGCCUGGGGUGAGAGGUUGGCGGAGGUGGUGAGGCGUUAUGAGAGGACUAUGUUUAAGCGCUCGGGGCGGGAGGCGGCUAAGACGGCGCAGGCUAUGGAGAUCCAGUUCCGUGAGGAUGGGGGCGAGAGGAUGAUGGAGAUCAUCAGCGGAGGCCACCCGGAUUAG